UUCCCACCCCUGUACCCCGGCCACAGCUAAGCUUCCUCCGGGCGUCUUUCCCCAGUCAAUCUGCCCCUCCCCGCCGUUUUGUUGUUAUCACAUGGCAAGGGGCGGGCUCGGCCGGUCCGGGCAGGCGCUGGGAAGCGGCGGAAAGUUUGGGGAACUGAGUAGAGUUGGCUGGGCGGUGAAGAGACUUGCCCGCAGGGGCGGGGGGGCAUGAAACGACGCCUCCCAGCGCCCUGAGUGGUCCCUGCCCCGACUUCACUCCGUUCGCCCAGCCCGAAAGCCCCAAGUGCUGAACGCGCGAGGGAUUUCGGACAUGGGUUCCUCUGUGCGCCGCUGGGUGCUACAGCCGCCGCCGCCACUUUUAGGACUCCUGCUCUUCUCCUGCAGUCUAUUCUUCUCAGGACUGGCCCAAGAAUGCCCGGCUCCUUGCCGUUGUCUAGGGGAACGACUGGAUUGCAGCCGUCUCAGACUGAGAGAAGUCCCCGCGCUAUUCCCCAGCAGGACGGUGCAGCUUGAUCUAAGCCAUAAUAGUUUGUCUUCAAUCAAUUCUAGUUCUUUGAGUCAUCUUUAUAAUCUGCGAGAAAUAAAACUGAACAACAAUGAAUUGGAAGCUAUUCCAAACCUGGGACCUAUUUCAGUCAACAUUACUUUCCUUUCUCUGAUAAAUAACAAGAUCAUGAACAUUCUGCCUGAAGAACUGAAACUAUUUCAAUCCCUCGAAACUUUAGAUCUCAGCAACAACAAUAUUUCUGUGCUUGAGAUGGGGUCAUUUCCUCCACUGAUACUCAAGAACCUCCACAUUAGCAACAAUCGGAUUGUUUCACUGGAACCAGGCAUUUUUGACAACUUGGCUAACAAACUUCAAGUCUUGAAGCUGAACAAAAACCGCAUUUCAACCAUUCCACAGAAGAUGUUUAAACUUCCCCAUCUCCAACAUCUAGAGAUGAGCCGUAACAGAAUUAAAAAAAUAGAUGGACUUACUUUUCAAGGACUGCCUUCUUUGAAAUCAUUAAAAAUACAGAAAAAUGGGCUUGUUUGGCUCAUGGAUGGAGCUUUUUGGGGAUUAAGUAACAUAGAAAUUCUGCAGCUGGAUCAUAACAACCUAACAGAGAUUUCCAAAGGCUGGCUUUAUGGCUUGUUGAUGUUACAGCAGCUUCAUCUUAGCCAAAAUGCAAUCAGCAGGAUAAGACCUGAUGCCUGGGAGUUUUGCCAAAAACUCAGUGAGCUUGAUUUAACUUACAAUAAUUUAGCAAAACUAGAAGAUUCAAAUUUUGUUGGUUUAAGCCUACUGGUAAGGCUGGAUAUCGGAAACAACAAAGUCAGCUACAUUGCAGAUGGUGCCUUCCGGGGGCUAUCCAGUUUACAAAUUCUAGACCUUAAAAAUAAUGAAAUCUCAUGGACAAUUGAAGAUAUGAAUGGUGCUUUCUCUGGACUUGACAAACUUAGGUGGCUGCUGCUCCAAGGGAACAGAAUUAGAUCUAUUACUAAGAAAGCGUUUUCUGGUCUGGAUGCACUUGAACACCUAGAUCUAAGUAAUAAUGCAAUCAUGUCAAUUCAAGGAAACACAUUUUUACAAAUGAAGAAUCUUAAAGAAUUAUAUAUAAACACAUCAAGACUUUUGUGUGAUUGCCAGCUGAAAUGGCUACCUGAGUGGUUAAUUGACAAUAAAUUCCAGACUUUUGUAAAUGCCACAUGUGCGCAUCCUCAGGCAUUAAAAGGAAGAAAUGUUUUUUCUGUCAGCCUAGAAGGUUUUGUAUGUGAUGAUUUUCCAAAGCCACAGAUAACUGUCCAACCUGAAACUCAGUCAGCAAUCAAAGGCUCCAAUUUAAGUUUUAUAUGUUCAGCAGCCAGCAGCAGUGAUUCCCCAAUGACUUUUGCAUGGAAAAAGGAUAAUGAAUUAAUAGGUGAUGCUGAAAUGGAGAAUUAUGCCCACCUUAGGGCACAAGGUGGUGAAGUGAUGGAGUACACCACCAUCCUUAGGCUGCACAAUGUUGAAUUCAGUAAUGAAGGAAAAUACCAGUGUGUUAUAUCCAAUCACUUUGGCUCAUCGUACUCUGUCAAGGCUAAACUUACAGUGAACAUGCUUCCAUUGUUUACCAAGAUGCCCAUGGAUCUUACAAUCCGUGCAGGGGCAACAGCACGGCUAGAAUGUGCUGCUGUUGGUCAUCCCAUGCCCCAGAUUGCUUGGCAGAAAGAUGGUGGUACUGACUUCCCUGCAGCACGCAAGAGACGCAUGCAUGUGAUGCCUGAGGAUGAUGUGUUUUUUAUUGUGGAUGUCAAAAUUGAGGAUACAGGUCUUUACAGCUGCACAGCUCAGAAUACUGCAGGCAGUAUUUCUGCAAAUGCGACAUUAACAGUAUUAGAAACACCCUCCUUUUUGAGGCCCUUGCUGGAUCGAACUGUGAUGAAAGGUGAAACGGCAGUCUUGCAGUGUAUUGCUGGGGGCAGCCCAUCUCCUCGGCUGAAUUGGACCAAAGAUGAUGUCACUUUAGCAGUGACAGAAAGGCAUUUCUUUGCUGCGGGAAAUCAGUUGCUUAUUAUUGUAGACAUAGAUUUUGAAGAUGCUGGGAAAUACACAUGUGAAAUAUCUAACACACUUGGAACUGAGAGAGGCAACAUUCUCCUGAGUGUGAUUCCUACUCCUACCUGUGAUUCUCCUCAAAAUGCUGCCCUGUCUCUCGAUGAUGAUGGAUGGGCUACAGUGGGAGUAGUGAUCAUAGCUGUGGUGUGCUGUGUGGUUGGCACAUCCCUUGUGUGGGUGAUCAUCAUAUAUCACACGAGGAAGAGAAAUGAAGAUUGUAGUGUUACAAACACAGAUGAGACAAACUUACCUGCUGAUAUUCCAAGCUAUCUGUCAUCCCAAGGAACUUUAGCUGAAAGACAAGAUGGAUAUGGGUCAUCAGAGAAUGGAAGCCAGCAUCACUUUGUACAGUCAUCCCCCAUGGGUGGGUAUUUCUUUCAACAAAGACAAAGCAACGGACGUUGUCAUACAGAUAGCUGUAGUGAAAAUGACUUGGAAGCUAUAACAGAUUCAAUCUUAUGCCAUUACCUGGGAACUUCAGGAAGUCUACAUUUAAAAGAAAAUUUAUGUAGCCCAGAAAUGUUCGAAACAUACCAUACAGGCGGCAAUUCAGAGCAAAGAAUAGCAUGCAUGGACCUUUAUGAUUCAAGCUGCUUAAAGAAAAAAGACUGCUAUCCAUACAUCCACUUAUCUGAAGAUCCUUUUGACCGAUACCUCAGUACCUCCAGAAUACACAUGCCAAGUAAUAAGUUGAUUCCUUCUAUUUAUCCCCCAAGUGAAGAGGAUGGAAUAAGAAGCUCACAUCUAAAUGUAGACACAUGUGGAUUUAAGAGAAAUCAAGAACUGUCUUCUAUUACACCAAGCACCACUUUCAUGGGAACAUUUGGAAAACCUAUAUGGAAGCCUCAGCUUGAUUCUUUGCCAAGCUAUAAGCAGUCCUCAGUUUUGCAGCCAAAAGCCUCCCAACAUUAUUCUAAUGAAUCAUUGGAUUUUGACUCGGAGUCUGAAGGUGGUAAUAAAAUGGGUAGGACGUUUCCUGAAGUGGACAAUAGCAAUUUUAUUUGUGGGCAAUCAGUUGAAAACUAUAGGACUCCUACCUUUCAAUCUUUUGACUUAACUACAUAGUUUGCCAUCAGUGCCAACCCAAAAUCAGCUCAUGAACCAAAGAACUAUACUACCUCAAAGUGGACACUAUUUAAAAAGAAACUUCUGGUUGUAUUUUAAAAGAGAUUUAUGAUUUUUAUACAGAUGCAGCUUUAUUUGCAAAAUAAUCAGGCAGAUUAUACAUUCCUUAUAUUUUUGAUGUGUAUAGUUUUGUUUAACCAAAAUGUAUUUUUUGUAAAUUAAUGGUGUGAAUAAUAACUAUACAUUUGUUACUGAGACAGACUUCACUUUAUUUAAAUGGGUAUUUUAAAUUAAUACCAAUUCAUGUGCUUUUGUGUGAUUUAAGAAACUGUUCAAAAUUAUGGAUGGUUAACAGAUUAAUAUCUGACAAUGUUUAUUAUGUUUUGUUGAUUUCUGUAUUAAAUAGCACUGGUAACAAACACAUACAAGCAAGAUCAUAUUCAGGGGAAUGAAGAAGCUGCAUCUUCUUUGCUAGUUUCACCUGUGCUAUGGUGCAUAACGUUGCCCAUGUCAGAAAAGAUGUUUUGGAUAUAUGCAAAAAUGCACUUGUAAACUUCCUAUACCUCAUAGACAUUCCAGUUCUAGUUAAUAUGUAUGGUCAAUAUGAAACUGAAUUAGUAGCAAUCCCAAAUUAAAUGCAUCCAUUCCAGAAAUUCAAAGUGCAUUUCUAGGUUAUCUUUUAAUAGAUGAAAAUCCUGGUCACAUUUAACUUUGUUCUGGCCCUGAGUCUGCCAUCGUUAGGAGUAAUAUACUCUUGUUUUUCACAAGCCACUUAAAUACUGCAUUCAGUACAACCCAGUGUUGACUUUGUAAGUUUGAUCAUUGACAAGAGGUAUGGGGAAAAUAUCUAUUUCAGAUAUUGGACUCACCACCUGAUACCCCUAGAUUGUUGUAACCAGUAAAAGAAGAUUCUGGGUUGGUCCAUAUUCUUAUGCAUCCUUAUCCUAAGAUACUCGUUUAUUUCAGUUGCACAUACCUGUGAAGACAUAUGUAUGAAUCGGGCUGUAUAGAUGGAAAUGUUGUGUUAUCAAAUAUAAGGCAGCAUCUGAUGUUAGGAAAGUCAUGCACUCUUAAGAAUUAAAUGUGUCUCUGAGGGAGAAUAGACCUCUCUGGAAAGGACAAUUGCUGGAGAAAUUGCUACUGCGUUUUGCAGAAAUUGUGGGUAGGUAUUUGUAUUUUUUAAAAAAAAAACAUGACACACAGAGCCAUUUGAAUUAAAACGUCAAAUGAUGAUUAGAGAGUGGUUGGAUCAUCUUUAGGAUAUGGCUGAUGAAACACAAUGGCUGGUGAAGUUUAUAGUUUUAAUGUCACUAUCCUACUAUACUGCUUUGGUAAAUAAGAGGAGACAUGAAAGAAACCAUCGUUUCACUGAUCUUGUACCUUCCAAAUCCAUGGUUAUAAUGAUGUUGAUAUUUUAAUUUAUUAUGGUACUGCUGAGUUUUCUGUAGCAUAAUCUAAUCCUGUUUGUGCUAAGGAAAAAGCAAAGCAUUUCAAUACCAGAUUGACUUUUUUUCUCUUUAUUAGUGACGACUAUUCUGUUCAUAUAAUAGUUGAUUCACAAAAUACUAGGAAGCUGUAAUAUUUUGAUUCAGCUAUUUAUUUGAAAGCCUGAUAUCAGGAUUUAAAAAGUUGACUUUCUUAUUAUU